AUGGCUUCUGGAGAUGUUCAAUCUGAUGAAAGUCUUUAUCCAAUUGCUGUUUUAAUCGAUGAAUUACGUAAUGAAGACGUUCAAUUACGUUUAAAUAGCAUAAAAAAAUUAUCCACUAUUGCAUUAGCACUUGGUGUUGAACGUACACGAUCUGAACUUAUACCAUUUCUAACUGACACUAUUUAUGAUGAAGAUGAAGUACUUUUAGCAUUAGCUGAACAAUUAGGUACAUUUACACAACUUGUUGGUGGUGAAAGUUAUGUUCAUGUUUUAUUGCCUCCAUUGGAAAGUUUAGCUCAAGUUGAAGAAACAAUUGUACGUGAUAAAGCUGUUGAAUCAUUACGUACAUUAGCACCACAACAUUCAACAACUGAUUUAGAAACAUAUUUUGUACCAACAGUUAAACGUUUAGCACAAGGUGAUUGGUUUACAUCACGUACAUCAGCAUCAGGUCUUAUAUCUGUUUGUUAUGCACGCGUUUCAAAUCAUGUUAAAGGCGAAUUACGACAAUUAUUUAAAAGUCUUUGUCAAGAUGAUACACCCAUGGUACGUCGUGCAGCAGCAGCAAAAUUAGGUGAAUUUGCUAAAGUUGUUGAACCGGAAUAUUUACGUCAAGAAUUUGUACCAUUAUUUACAAAUUUGGCAAAUGAUGAACAAGAUAGUGUACGUUUAUUAGCUGUUGAAGCUGGUAUUGCUAUGGCUGGUCUAUUUCGACAUGAAGAUCUUGAACAACAAAUGAUGCAAACAUUACGUUCAGCAACAGAAGAUAAAUCAUGGCGUGUACGCUAUGUUGUUGCUGAUAAACUUGUUGAUCUUCAAAAAGCUGUUGGUCCAGAAAUAACAAAAAAUGAUUUAGUUGGCGCCUAUAGUUCUUUAUUAAAAGAUCCUGAAGCUGAAGUACGUGCUGCAGCAGCAUCAAAAUUAAAAGAUUUUUGUAAUAAUUUAUCAGCUGAUACACGUGAACAAAUAAUUAUGUCACAAAUAUUACCAUGUGUUAAAGAUAUGGUUGGUGAUAUGAAUCAACAUGUUAAAUCAGCAUUAGCAUCGGUUAUAAUGGGUCUUUCACCUAUACUUGGAAAGGAUAAUACACUUGAACAUCUUUUACCACUUUUUCUUAAUCAAUUAAAAGAUGAUUAUCCAGAAGUUCGACUUAAUAUUAUUUCAAAUCUUGAAUGUAUUAAUGAGGUCAUUGGCGUUCGUCAAUUAUCUCAAAGUCUUCUUCCGGCUAUUGUUGAACUAGCUAGUGAUGCUAAAUGGCGUGUACGUCUAGGUAUUAUUGAAUAUAUGCCACUUUUAGCUGGACAAUUAGGUCCAGAAUUUUUCGAUGAAAAACUUAGUAGUCUUUGUAUGAGUUGGCUUACUGAUCAUGUCUUUGCUAUACGUGAAGCAGCAACAAAUAAUUUAAAAAAAUUAGUUGAAAAAUUUGGUCGUGAUUGGGCACAAAAUACAGUCAUACCAAAAGUUAUACAAUUAGCUCGUGAUCAAAAUUAUUUGUAUCGAAUGACUUGUCUAUUCGCUAUUAACAUCUUAGCUGAACCUUGUGGUCAAGAAAUAACACAAAGAAUGAUGUUACCAACCGUCAUUACACUUGCUGGUGAUGCCGUAGCUAAUGUACGAUUUAAUGUAGCUAAAACAUUACAACGUAUUUAUCCAGUACUUGAUUCAAGUGCAUUAGCUAUGCAUGUUAAGCCUUGUUUAGAAAAAUUAACUCAAGAUGUUGAUCAUGAUGUUCAAUAUUUUGCAAGUGAAGCUUAUGAAAAACUACGAACUAUUCAUCAUAGUUACCGUUAA